UUGCUCAGUGGGUGCUGAAUUGAAAACGUUUGUGUAGUUCGAUAUCUCCUAAGCUCGAUAAUCGCAAAGCGAUAGUCAGGCAGCUACAAAAAUCAUAACAAUCGGUGCAUCAACGAAAGUGAAAGACAUGAAAUCAAAACGUAUUGUGAUUAUCGGUGCUGGCGCAGCUGGCAUAGCUGCAGCGACACGUCUGUUGGAGUCAGGCUUCGAAAAUGUUCUGUUACUUGAGGCUGAAAAUCGUUUUGGUGGGCGCAUUCACACCAUACCUUUUGCGGACAAUGUCGUCGAUUUGGGAGCACAGUGGUGUCACGGUGAGCAGGGCAAUACAAUCUAUGAGUUAACGCGCGAUUUAGAUAUGCUGCAUCCCACGGAUGAAAUUGAAGGUGACUUUAAGUGCAUACGCUCCAAUAAGGAAGUGGUCGCCGAUGUCGUGAUCGAUAGGCUCAGAUCAAUUACCUCCAAUUUAGAGCCAACACAACAGAAGGGCUUGAAAGAUUAUGAGGGUUCAUUAGGCACCUAUCUCACGGAAGCAUUCUGGCGCAAUCUGCAGCCGUUGACUGAUGUCGACAGGGUCGUAGCGCGUGAAUUUUUUGAGAACUGCAAGAAAAUGUUCAGUUCAAUGGACGGUGCCGAUCAUCUGUUUGAGGUAUCCGGUAAGGGUCAACACGAGUAUCUGGAUUGCGAGGGCGAUCUGCAUCUAAACUGGAGAGAUAAAGGUUUUCGCAGCUUUCUGUGUUUACUAAUGAAAGCCGAUCAGGCCGAUGCGUUCGACUUGGGACUACUGAACGAACAUAUACAAUACAACGCACGUGUUGAGCAUAUUGAGUGGCAGUCGCCAACAGGAGAUAUACGCAUACGCCUUUGGAAUGGCGAACUUAUCCUUGCGGAUCAUGUCAUCUGCACCGUUUCACUGGGUGUGCUCAAGGAGAUCCAUCAGAAAUUAUUCAUACCGCCGCUGCCACUGGUUAAAUGUCGAGCUAUUGACGGCCUCAAACUAGGUACAGUAGAUAAAAUUUACCUCGAGUUCAAGGAACCGUUCACGCCGCUAGAGUGGCCUGGUUUUUCAUUACUGUGGCGUGAGGAAGAUUUAGUGGAGUUACGAAAUACAGGGUACUAUUGGCUUGAGAGUCUCUUUAGCUUUCAUCGCGUUUCGUGUCAGCCUCGCCUGCUGCAAGGUUGGAUUAUUGGGCAACAUGCGCGACACAUGGAAACUUUAUCCGAAGCUGAGGUAUUCGAUGCUUUGCUGUGGCUUUUUAAGAAAUUCUUCACAUCGGAAGUGCCUACACCAGUGAGAUUGCUGCGCACACGCUGGUAUACUAACCCCAAUUUCCGAGGCAGUUACUCCUUCCGCGCCAUGUAUACUGAAGAAGUUAAAACAAGCAGCUCGGACUUGGCGAUACCGAUCCUUGAUGAAAAGGACGGCAGGCCACUGUUGCAAUUCGCCGGUGAAGCUACGCAUCCACACUUCUAUUCGACGGCUCAUGGUGCGGUGGAUAGCGGUUGGCGGGAGGCGCAACGUUUGAUUACGCACUAUCUGGAUCACAACCCGCACUUGGAAGAAUAGUUCGAUAGCACUAAAAGCACGUGCCGCCGGACGCCGUAGCGAUAGUAUAAAUGGCGAUAGCGAUAAUUGUGGUGAUUGCCGAUUGUAGUAAAUAGGACAAUAUAUAAUAUUUAUUAUUGCACUUGAAAUUUAGUUUGUAAUAGUGUAGACCAAAAUCAAUAUCUUAUCUUGUUCGAUUAUAAAACCACUUUGUUAAAAAACACUGUUUCAAAGUUUAUUUACGUCUAGUGAUUUUUAAGUACAAAUACGUCAUCAGUUGAGUUAUAGUCCGAAAUCUUUUGUGGUACAGUCUUUUAACUCAUGCUAGUACUACAUACAUAUAUUGGCUGAAA